GUCUGUUGGGAGGGAUGGAAGGUCUGGAACUGGAAGGCUCUGGGGAGUUCUUUUUCUGACAAAGACCCACACUGUAUAAAUUGUGGAGCAGGGUGUCAUUAAGAAGCUGUUGUAAGAGGGGAAAAAUGCAUCUAAUAAAAGGCCCAGUGUGUGAAGUCCUGGGCUCACUGCUGACCUAAGGAAACUUUAAGGUGUAAGCACUUUAGCCUUCCAGAGCAAGAUGAAUGGCUUCUGAAAAGAAGCGGCUGGCAAUGAAACAUGUUCACUCUCUCCCUUCUGAGCCGUGGAAAUGGGCAAGUGGUCCAGAGCAAACAGAAGAGGCUGGAGGUCUUCUUGGAACCGGAGGAUUAUUUGAACUGGACACCCCAAGACAAAGCCCUGAUCAGCAAGCCCCAGGACAGGACACAAGUUACACGGGGAUGCCUUCCUAAAACUUAUAGCACCAGAAAGGGGGUCUUAAUUCUUUACUCAGAAGACUUUGCGGAGCCAUCAUGGAAACAAAAAGAAAGAAAAAGAAGGCCCCGUCCCUACCAUCGCCAAGGGAAGAAGUCAGGUUUUGUUCUGCAGACGCUCAAAGACCUGACAGCCGCCAUAUUGGCAUAUGGGAGUGAAAGGAAAGAUCAGAAGGACCGGGACUGGCAACCAUACUUGCAUUUCCUAAGUAAGCCAGAUAGCCAGAAUGAACAACAGAUUCGUCCAGGCUAUUCAGCCAAGAGGUACCUCUUCAGCCUCUUUCAAAAUUGGACUUCAGGCACUUUGUACAAACUUCAGUGUUCAGGGUAUAUCAGGGACCCUAGGUUGUUCCAGGACAAUCAGCUUUACUUGCCAAAUCACCUCAGGAGGCAACAGGAUCUCUCAGCUGUACCAUCAAAAUACCGUCUCCUGCCUGUUUACCCUUCAGUCUCUACUUUCUGGACCCAGAAAGAACAACGGGCUGAUGAAGAUGCAAGUGAUCUUGAUAAUGAGGAAUCUGAAGAUAGUGAUGUGGACAAGGAAGAUUGCAGAGCUGGAAAACACUGGGAGGAAAAGGUUCCACUCCCUCCGCUGAAACGGAAGCCUCCAGGGAGGGCCACUUGGCUGAAUAAUGAAGCCUAUGCAGAGGAUGAAAAUCAAUCAAUGAAUCUACAAGCACCUACUGUGUGUCAGGUACUGUGCCAAGUGCUAGCAAUACAAGUACGAAGAAUGAUAUACUCUCUGCUGGACACAUGGAUGGAGCCUCACCAAGGAAUGCAAGCUUUAAAAAAGAGCCAGGGACACCAUGGAAAGUCCCACCCACCUUUAGGGAGUGACUCUGUGUUUGGCAACAUUGAAACUCCCCAGUUCUUGAGUCAAGGAUCCCAGAGUACAUUCUAUGGAGGUACCUUCCCAGACAGGAAGACAUACCUAAGUGGGAAUGUGAAGAUCUCCAAAAGCAGACACCAAAUGUUUCCAGAGCUUCUGGUAGAAAGAUGUGUUUUGCCACCUGUUCAACCCACCAUCAACCCAGAGCAAAACGUGCCUAGAAAAGUAAAGGAAAAAAAGGUGCCAAAGGCUUUGAAAUUACCUGCUAUUACAGAAGAACCACCCAAAGCCCAGGAUCCCCUGAGGAGUCAGCUAAAUGACUAUGGCAGCCCAGAAGAGCUGCUCAUUCUUCCACUGGAGGUUCAUGUAUGUGCUGAGGACCAGCCCAAGGACAGAGGACAAAGACGAGAAUCUUGGAAUACUGAAUGCAGACCCAAGGCUAAUGUAGAUGGGAAAUCUUUGCCAAAACUAUCUCUGCAGCAGACCUGCUACUCUCAGCCACCGUUGACUGUGCAUCUCCCAAGGGACUCAGGUAAUGAUUUUUCUCACCCACAUUCAAGUACUCAUGAAAUAAGAGAUUCAGAGAGAAAGAGUAGCAAAAUUCAGCAGAAAACGUUUGGUGCCAGAAGUUCCAAAGACCUUAUGGAUGAUGGAACCAACCAGAGUGGCCUCCCAGAAGAGCUCAUAGGGAGUUCUCAGGACCCAGCACUUGGAAACAUCUUGAUGGGGCCUGCUGGAGAUAUUGUUUGCCAGCCUCUCUUGGGUUCUGUCCAAAGCAUAGACCUCCCUCUUCAGCUUGACUUUGCAUCAGGUCAAGAAUAUCAAUUUGUAAAUUCAAGUACCAAUCUUGGUGAAGCAUGCUCAAGUGAUCAGCAUGUCAAGAAAGGCAAUAUUCAUUCAGAAGCUAGUCUUCAUAUGAAUACCUGUGAAACCUCAUCCUUGACCCCAGAGCCAGCAGAGAAGGGAGCCCCUCAGUCCUUGGAGGCAGCUGUGCUGAAGACAGGGGAGUCUCAAAGUUUUAUAAAUAAAGAGCUGGAAUAUGAAAAAGGACAGGUGUCUCAGGGAAGACAAGCAAGUACCAUAACAGAAAACCAUCAACAUGAUCCCGCUCUCUUAGGAAAUGGAAGAAGUGAGCAGAAAGUUAGAAUACAGACUGAGGAACCAUGUCCAGAUUCUGAUGUAUUUCCAGAACAACAGCAACCAACACAAGGUGGAUGUGCUCCCUUGCCCCUGGAGCCACCAGCACAGUCCCUUUCUGUCAUAGAAACAGAGAAGUCCAAGCCUCAACUUGAUGGAAGUUCAACGAAAGAGGUAAAGAGGCAGAGGGAUGGAAACUCUGAAUCACCUGGCACUUCAGGGUUGAAACAAAACCUGACCCCUCCGGUAGAAACCAUCAAAGAAUUACCUCUAGGAAAUGCCCCAGUGGCACCAAAGAUGGGGGGAACCAAGAGGAAUCCUACUGAGAAGCAACCUCCCUCAAGAAGUAGAAAAGGGGAAGAUGUGCCCCCAAAGCUUGGCAAGCCGGCUGAAGAAAGCAGCCCGGAGAGACAGAUGCCUGAGAAAACCAAAAGGAGGAAAAGAAAUGAAGUAAACAAGUCUAAGGCUCCUCCUAAUGUUGGCAAAGGAGAAAAGCCUCAAAACAAAACAGAGUUUAUUGGAGGAAAGCCAAAGAAACAAAAAAUUGCAAAUAAGACAAUGUCAGUCUCCAAGAAAAAAAAGCCAAGAGCCAAGAAGAAAGAGAUGGGGCAGAAGGGAAGGAUUCUGGAGAUAGGGUCAGAGCUAAAUAACUCUUCAUCCACAGAGGAUGAAUCUGAUGAAGAUUGCUCUCUCUCAAGCUACAGCUCACAGGAAUUUACACUUCCUCCAAAAUAUCAAAUUCCUGAAAGUCAAGUUUCCAGAGAUGAAAGAUUAUAUUCUAUCCAACCUACAAUUGCCAAAGAAAAUACAGAUUCUGAAAAGGACAAAAGUGCUGAUACUUCUGAGGCUCUCCCUGUAGACCACCAGCAGGAGAAAGUGCCCAGGGAAAGGAUCCUUGCAGCAAAGGGCAGAGAUGAGGCUCCAACAGGUGGAAAAACGGAGAAGGGAGAAGGAGGAGAAGAAAAGGCAGCAGCAAGAAGAACACCAGCGGCUCGAGCAGCUAAAGGAAGAGCUCGAGCAGGAGCAGCGGAGGAGAGCCAAAGAGAAGCGCUUACAGAAACAGAGACUGGAAGAAGAGCGGCGACAGCAGGAGGAAGAGGAGAGGAGGAAAUUGCAGCAAGCGCAAGCAGCUCAGGCCCGCGCCAGGCAGCAGCAGGAGGACUUCCGCAGGAAGAUGCAGGAGAUGCAGAGGAAAAAGCAGGAGGAGGACGCCAGAAGGGCAGAGGCAGAGAAGCAAAGGCAAAAGGAGUUGGAAAGGCUGCUUGAGGAAGAAGAGAAAAGGUUGAUGGAAAUGGCCAGAGAGGAGUGCCUAGAAUACCAGAGGAGGAAGAAAGAGGAAGAAGAGAAGGCCAGGCGG